AUGUACGACCUUGCCGAGAAUCCAGUCAAUGACUUGGUCAAACAGAAUGGGCGAAAGGGCACAGCCCUGUCGGACACCAGACCGGAUAUCGAACGACUGACAGAGAUUUUUGUGGACCAGAAGUCGUGCGGCGGUAGACCGAUAGUAGGCCUUAAUCAUGGCAAUGAUUUUGGUCCACAUUCCAUCCAGAUCCAUUAUUCGCCACAGGGACUCACGAUGGAUGGAAUCGAAUGCAGCGGCAAAGUCGACGAAAGCAAACGGCCGUCGGUUGCUGGUAGCAAUGGCGGAAUUCUAGAAUGUGUCUCAGUGUAA